UCAUCCACCUUUCCCUGUGUCCUUGUGCUUUCUGACCAAUUGUUCAGUAGCAGAACUGCUCAAAUAUUGCAAAGAUUUUCUCCUCUCUCCUGGCUCAGCAAGGAUCACUGAAGCACAGGCUCAGGAGCAGGAUGUAUUUGCUUUCAUUGUUGCUUCUCAGCCUCCUGGGCUCAGCAUACCUCCAGCCACAGCAUGCUGACAUAUGCCUGGCAAAGCCUAAAGAUAUACCUCUGACUCCCAUGUGUGUCUACCGGAAACCUCUGGAGGUGGUUGAAGCAGAGGAAAAGGAGAAAGAACCUGCGCCGCAAGAACAGAAGGUUCCUGAUUCUACUAACCCUCGUGUAUAUGAGCUCUCACAGGCCAAUGCUAAAUUUGCCAUUGCUUUCUAUAAAAAUCUGUCUGACUCCAAGCAAAACACUGAAAACAUCUUUAUGUCACCCCUGAGCAUCUCUCAAGCCUUUACAAUGGCAAAACUGGGUGCCUGCAAUGACACGCUUAAGCAACUUAUGGAGGUAUUCCGCUUUGACACUAUUUCAGAGAGGACUUCUGAUAAAAUACACUACUUCUUUGCAAAGCUCAACUGCCGGCUUUUCAGAAAAGCAAACAAGUCAUCCGAACUGGUAUCUGUCAACCGCCUCUUCGGUGAAAAGUCUCUGACCUUUAAUGAAACCUAUCAAGAUAUCAGUGAGAUAGUUUAUGGGGCUAAAUUGUGGCCCGUAAAUUUUAAGGAUAAGCCUGAAUUAUCCCGUGAAGUAAUUAAUAACUGGGUAGCCAAUAAAACAGAAAAACGAAUAACUGAUGUGAUCCCUGAGGGCGUCAUCACCUCUGACACAGUAUUGGUGCUAAUAAAUGCCAUCUACUUUAAGGGACUUUGGAAAUCCAAGUUUAAUUCAGAAAAUACGAAAAUGGAACAAUUCUACCCAGUUAAAAGUUCUAACUCCUGCUCGGUUGCAACCAUGUAUCAAGAGGGUACAUUUCGCUAUGGCUCCUUUAAAGAUGAUGGAGUUCAGGUCCUUGAGCUGCCUUAUAAAGGUGAUGACAUUACCAUGGUGCUGGUGCUACCUUCCCAAAAGACUCCACUAAAGAUAGUGGAGCAAAAUCUAUCACUGGACAAGCUUGGAAAUUGGCUUCAAAAGUCUCGAGAAUUACAGUUAUCUGUUCAUCUCCCUCGAUUUCGAGUGGAGGAUUCCUUUAGCGUCAAGGAGAAAUUACAGCAAAUGGGAUUGGUAGAUCUGUUUGAUCCAAACUCAGCAAAGCUUCCAGGAAUCAUUGCAGGAGGAAGGACAGACUUGUAUGUGUCAGAUGCUUUCCAUAAGGCAUUUCUAGAGGUCAACGAGGAGGGUACUGAGGCAGCCGCAUCCACCGCCGUGAUUUUAACAGGACGUUCCUUGAACCUCAACCGGAUCAUAUUCAGAGCAAAUAGGCCCUUCCUGGUCUUUAUCCGAGAAGUUGCUAUAAAUGCCAUUUUGUUCAUGGGGAGGGUAGCUAACCCCUGCGCUGAUAGCACCAAGCAAGCCUGACCUACUGAUGUGAUGAAGACCUACAGUACUCAAACACACUUCCUAAACUAUUUGAAUAAAGUGUGUGUAAUGUGUUCCCACUCUAUGGCCAUAUAAUGCCAAAUAUAACAAGUAUUUGAUUUUACAUUUUCUGAUAAGCUUGAUGAUAGCUGCCUUUUCUUGGGGGUUAUAAUUCCUCUGUGAACCAUACACAAAAUGGUUUAAGUCAUGGCAUUACUGUAGAAAAAAAUAAACCAGCACAGCAGUCUGA